GUAGCGGGAGCGCGCAGGCGCGGCUUGCAGCUCUGCUAGCGCGUAGUAGCUGAGCGGGGCUCACGGAAGACAGGAAGUACUGAGAGACAUGACACAUGAUCAGUUGGACUUGGCUUCUUUCUCUUCGGCUCUAGAGGAUGGACUCUGGUUUUCAGUGUCUCCCUUUUCUACAGAGAAUCAUCAUUCAAGACCUGUCAGAAGCAACAAGAGAAAAAUGGGAAGGGUUUUCCUCACGGAAGAAAAAGCCAACUCAGUACUAAAACGCUACCCAAGAGCCAAUGGACUUUUUGAAGAAAUAAGACAGGGCAACAUUGAGCGUGAGUGCAGAGAAGAAAUCUGUACAUAUGAAGAAGCCAGAGAGGCUUUUGAAAAUCAUGAAAAAACUAAGGAGUUUUGGAGCACCUACACAAAAGCACAACAAGGAGAAACCAACAGAGGAAGUGACUGGUUUCAAUUUUAUCUUACUUUUCCAUUAAUCUUUGGCCUCUUCAUUAUUCUCCUUGUCAUCUUCUUAAUCUGGAGAUGCUUUCUAAGAAACAAAACUCGGAGACAAACGGUGACUGAAAGCCACAUUCCUUUCCCUCAGCAACUUAACAUCAUUACUCCACCUCCUCCACCAGAUGAAGUCUUUGAUAGCAGUGGAUUGUCUCCAGGGUUUUUGGAAUAUGUUGUUGGGCGUUCAGAUUCAGUUUCCACUCGCCUUUCCAACUGUGAUCCCCCACCAACCUAUGAGGAAGCCACUGGCCAGGUGAACCUGAGAAGGAGUGAAACAGAACCUCCUUUAGACCCACCACCAGAAUAUGAGGACAUAGUCAACUCCAGUUCAGCUAGUGCCAUUGCUAUGGUGCCUGUGGUCACCACCGUCAAAUGAAGCUGCAGAACUUUUUUUUUUUUUUAAUUUAAUCAUUUCUAAAAUACUAAAUGGAAAAACUUUCUAGCACUUUACUACUACAUAAAUGUGCAUUGACUUAUUUUAUUAGACUCUUAGAGCACACCACUUCACAUUUACUGGUUUGAUUUAUCUUUGGUUUUGCUUCUUACUAUAAAAUCAUUUUCUGUGUUAGUUUUUACAAGAGGAAACAUAAAGGAAAGACAUGUCAGUGGCAGUCUUUAUGUACUGUAAGGAAUACACACGUAUGCAUAUAGCCAAUUGUGUACCAUCCAAUUUGUGUACAACUAACUUCUACCACAUCACCCAAAAAGAAAGCAUUACUCACCAAAAUUGAAAAGGCAGGGGACAUAGACAGUGUAUGUGAUAGACAGCAACAUGCAUGUUUUCUAAUUAAAGACAUCAGUUAACUUCCUAUUUCUUCUUUCAUGAAAGGAAAAAAAUAUGCAUGGAUUCCUCCUCAAUUUUAGAAACAUCUCAGAGAGACAGAGAGAGCAUGUAACAUUUAGUAUAUAUACUUGAUUAUAAUAUAUAACAAGGAAAUCAUUGAUCAUUAGUAUCAUUUAGCUUAUUUUGUAUUAGAGUUUUCCUUCUUGGUGGAUUAUCAAACACUGUUCCAUUAAAAUUUUCUUAACAUCUUUGGAUGUUUCAUGCCACUCGUAUUAAUAUCUUGCUUGCAAGUAUUUCUAGGUAAUGAAAUAGUGUUUGUGUUAAUGACAGGGAGUAGGUACUAACUACUCCAUUCCUCAUCAUGUGGUUGGCUAUAAUCUUUUACACUAACUUUUAUUUCUAAUUGCUACUAUAGACUCCCCAUACACUCAAGAAUUUAGCCAAAAUCAGUUUCAAAUCAUUUUUAAAUAUUUUUUACAGGUUAAAAUCUUAUUCACAAAAUUAUUAGUAUAUAAUUUUCAUUUAGUUAUAAGCUGCAAAUUUUGUAUUAAUGUUCUGUCAAUAGAAGAAGAUUUUAGAAUAUCUGCUAAAAUAAAUCCACACUAAAUCUAGUUUAGUUCCACAUAGAUCUCAUUAUGUUGCCUUCUAUAUUCUAUCUUUUUUUUUAGCUGCAGUAGUUUUACAUCUUUUUCUUGGAGGAGAGGGAGUAGGUUAUAUAUGAAUUGCCAAAAUAAACUAUUUCAGAAAGUAUAGAAAAAGGUCAAAUGAGAUGGCAUGUAUACAAAUAAUUUUGCAGUAUGAAGAACUGUUUAACUGUAAGAUCUUAAUGUUAUUAUUGUGCUUCAGGGUGACAUUUCUCCCUGUUUCCCUAGAAUUCUAUCAGAGAAAUGUAACAGGCUGCUCCAUAGUUAAUAUUUUCCUAAGUUGAGUGUAUGGGCUAUUACUUACCUUCACACAUUAUCUGGACUGUACAAAAGCUGUGCCAAUUUAAGUACAUUUGCCAGUGCUGUAUUGGAUGAAGAAAUGCUGGAAUUUACACUAAAGUACAUGAAUUAGUUAAUAGGUAUAAUAGGUGAAAAGGUAUUUGUAUCUUGAUAGUGGUCUCCACAUGACAAUGUUGCUUUAAAUAUUUUUCCUUACUAUAUGGUAAUCGUCUCUUUCUAAUUAAAUCUGAAGUUGAAGAUGUUUGAUCCAGUGUACAAGAGGAGUUAUGGGAUGUUUAUAACUGAAAAUUAAGGCUGUUUGUGUGUGUGUGUUACACUAAUAUUAGCCAUUAGAUAAGACCAGCAAUUUUCAAAUUGUGGCUGAUAAACCCUAGGAGAUUCCUGACAGUCUUCCGUGGAAUCUGAAAUCAAAAUGUUUUCAUCCUAUCUGAAGACAUUAUUUGUCUCCUUAUUCUAGUUCUCUAAAAACAGAGUUAAACAAUACAGUCAUCACACACCUUUUUUAAAAAUACAAUAUAGCUAUUUUCAUAAAAAUAUAAUUUGUAUUGGCAUAUUUUUUUAAUGUUUAGCUGAAUUAGUCUUUAAUUUUUUUCAGUUCAUUUCUAACAUGUUAAAUAUUGAUAGAUAAAAUCUCAAAAACAAAAGUUCUUUGGAAUCUAGAUUCCCCCAAGAGUUUAAGGAGGGAUCCAGAAAUCCAAAUUUUAAGAACUACAAGAUUGGACAAAAGAGGAAGACAUCCUGUCACUAAGUUAGGUUUUUGUUCUUGUAAAGUUACUUUAUAUUUUGAAGUCUCAAUAUUGAACUUACCACUUUCUGAAUGAAGUUGAACGAUGAAUGAUGGUUCUUGAAAAAGAAGCUAAACAAAUUGAUUAGUAAUGACAGCUGUUUAGAUUGUUGGUCAGAGAAAACACUAUUUCAUUGUAAUUAAUUGCUGUACUAACCAUAAAUUUCAUGGCAGCUUUUCUAUAAGAAACGUAUAAUCAAAAUACUACUUCAUGAACUUUUAUUUUACACUUUUUUGUUGUGUUUGAGUACAGUUUAGGUUUCAUACUUUUAAAAUUCCCUUUGCUACCCUUUCUGGUUUUAUAAACUGAGUUUCUUAACAUUUAUUAUAAUUAAGGGCUUAUCUGGAAUAAUAUAUAUUUUUAUGCUUUGCAUUUCCUAUCUAAUUGAUACUGCAUUUGCCUUUGAUCAUUUUUAAUGAAGAUUUAUUUUUGCAGAAUAUACUUAAUAUCUUUCUAAGCAGUAAGUAAAUGGAAUUAAACAAUUUAUAUUUAAAUACUAAGAUCUGCUCUAGGUUCCUCCAAUAGUAUGAUUUUCAAACCUCCACCUACAUUGCUUGUAUCUGGAAUCCUUGAACUGGCACUUUUGCUUUCCUGCUGUAAAUUAUAUGUUUUAAAUAAUAAAUAAAAUGAUUGCUUCUUUUCCUAUUGACUAAUAAAAAAGGGAGCUGUUAAUGUUUGUUGAUUGCUAAUGACAAUGUCUUCAAGAUUGAUAAUCUGAUCCAGUAAUACAGAGGUAGAUUUAACUUAGUUCUGUGUAAAUAGCAUGUAUUUUAUUACAAUACUUCACAUUUUCAAAUGCUUGGUUUACAUUAAAUUAUGGUAUUUAACUUUUUAUGUUUAUACUAGAUACAAUUUUCUUAUGUUUCUGUGUUUUUGGUAUGCUAAAUAAAACCAUUUUUAAACCCAACAG